AGAGAGAGAGAGAAAUAGAGAGAGAGAGAGAGAGCAGUUUAAUGUGCAAGGGCUAAAACUGCAGUAGAGGAUCUGAGUUUUUUUUUAUUUCAGGGGAAAAAAUAGGAAUGGGAAAAUAAUAGAAGGGAAGCGUAACUGUUGUGAUUGAAGAGUGCUCAGCCCUCCAUGGUACCGGAGACGACAUAGGUUUGCCUCUCUAGAAACGGCCAAACGCUUUUUCGAAAAGGCCAAAUAAAAAGUCAUUUCGCUGCUAAAGAUGACCUUAGCAAGUAUUAAGUAAUAUUAAAUAGAAAUAUACCCGUUGAGUUAAUAAUAAUGGCGAGUGGCAGAGAACACUCCAUUAAAUUAAUGGUUUUGGGUGGAAGGAUGGUCAGUACUUAGAAUAUCUUUACUAUUGCGAAUCAAACUGGAAUUACAUAAUUGUAGCAGCAGAGGUCCCCGAGGAACACCAGUGGUAGCAACAGCAGCAGCCAUGACAAGUUCCAAGGAACAAUAGUGACAGCUGCAGCAACAGGCCUCGAGGAACAACGAUGACAGCAACAGGCGCCGAGAUAAAGCAGUGGCAACACCAACAACCUCUGAGGAACAGUUGUGGCAACAGUAGCAGCUCCUGAGGAACAACGACGGCAGGAGCAGCAUCUGGUCCCGGGGAACAGCGAGAUGUUAACCUUCGUACAAUCAUUGUCAGGGAAACAGUGAAACAUUAAGGAAAAUUUAUUACUGGAUAAAAGUGCAAAUUAAAAAGUGAUAUAUUAAUGGCAGACGAAGAGUGGAAAAACAGUGAAGCCUCACCGGUAAAAAGUAGAUAUAUAGAGAGUAGACUUGUAACACUGCAACACACAACACUAUGAGAGUCUGACAGUGAGAGCAUAACACUAACAUAAAAAAACAAAGGCCAAAAAAGUAUUACAUUUGGAAAAGGAUAAAUAGUGGCUAAAGAAUUUUUGGGCAUCCCUCCAGAUGUGGUGGAAUAAUCAGCUGUUAUCACCAGUGACAGUACGUGGUGGGUAAACCAGCUGCCACCACCACUGCAGGACGUAGUGGGAGAGCCAGCUACCACCACCACCGUGACAGUACGUGGUGGGUGAGCCAGUUGCCACCACCACUGCAGGACGUGGUAGAAGAGCCUGCAACCAGCACCACAGUGACAACAAUGUUCCAUCAGUCAGCAGCUUCCCCUCGCUACCACCUCUACUACCACUACCUACUCCUCCCUUCCCCGCCUCACUAACUCUACUCUCGCUCGUAAAUCCUCCCCUGACACUACCCUUAACCUCACAACACGCAUCCUACAUGCCUCUGCUUUUCUCAUUCACUUGUAUAAGCGAUUUACAUGUUCUCUAUCUCUGUAUUUAGUCUUGCUGUAUUUAUCUUUAUUGUGAUCGUUGCUUCAAGUUUCUAAAGAAAUUUCACUGCCUAUGUUUUUCUGUCAUAGUGUCGACUUCACUAUAUUUCUGCAAGACGUUUCUGAAGGAUCAGGAUCCUAUUUUCCUUAAAGUCUCUGCUACAAGAGAGACUUAAUUGUUGUGCAAAGUGCUUCACGCAUGUUUAUUGUCUAUUUUCUUUACGUCUGACUUUCGUUUACCCUGUUCCUUUGUUCUAUUUUUUUUCAGUGUGUGUUAUUCUUGUGUACACACUUUGUGAACACACACUGUUUCCACACUUUGUUCUCCUCACUUCAGACAUCUGCAGCCAGACUUAAUCACCUUUCUUCAAGCUUCAUCUGACGCUUUCUCACUUUCCUCCCUUCCUGCACGUGUUUGUUCUCCUGUUUUUUUUUUUAUUUAUCUCCUCCUUGCCUUUCUCACUCUUAAUUCAUCUCUCCCCCGUUUAUUUGCCAGAGUAUAGCUACCACUCACAUCUGCUUCAUCUAUCAUUUAAAGUCUCUUCCACCCAGCCCCCUCCACCUUCCUUUAUUUACAUCUUGCUUUCAUCUUUACCCACUUGCUGCUAUUUGGUGAGGGGUGGCAUAUGCAAGUCAUAAAAAUAUUUAUAUUUCCUCCGUUCGCGGAUUGAAUCCCCGAACUUGCCGGUGCGAGCCGGGAGUAUUACCACUCAGCCAGGGCAAGUAGCACAUACUGUAAGAUGUUAGUGCCUAAACUACUACUGAAACAGGAGUAACGCUUCAGAGCUAAGAUAUAGAAAGGUUGUUUCUUCCACAUUUCAUACUCAUUGAGACGCACCAGCCUUCCCUCUCCCAUUUUCCCUUCCUCCUUCCUUCUGCCUAUCCUGACUUGCCUUCCUAUCCUCCUGGCUGUUCAUGAUGGAUGUCCGAAAACUUGGAGAGUGCCCGUGGUGCCAGCUGUGGCUGAUGGCUGCUUCUCUUCUCUGUCUCCUCGCAGGCAGCUGGAGUCUGAAGAUCGUGAGAGUCCAGGUACCGGCCUCGGUACAAGCCGGCGACACCGUGCAGCUGCACUGCCACUUCGACCUGGAGACAGACAAACUGUAUUCCCUCACAUGGUGGAGAGAACAGCACCAGUUCUACCAGUUCACUCCUGCAGCCGCCAAGACCAAAUCGAAGUACGACACCCUCGGCAUCCAUGUGGAUGAAGCGAGGUCAAGUAUGAACACCGUAGUGCUCAGGAAUGUCUCCCUCGACACGGCGGGCAAAUAUAAGUGUGAAGUGGUGGCAGACUUCACCUUCGAAAAGGACUUUCAACUGAAGGACAUGGAAGUAAUAGGUAAGUGGGUAAAAAGCGUUUCCUUGGGGUUUGAGGUUCUGACCAGAGCUUUGAGGUUGGUCAGGAGGGCGCAGCUGCAGGCGAAGGUUGCCGGGCAUUCGAUGGAGGUUGGUAGCUCACCUGGAGUCGGCCGGCAAGGCAGUAGUGACUGA